AUGCGUCUUUGGGUCAGUCUCCUGCCAGCCCUGGCAGCGGCAAGUGCAAUCCAACAAUGCAGGCCUUCCCAGGCCCGCGUCCGAAAAGAAUGGGGCGUGCUGAGUACGGAGGAGAAAACGGAGUACCUUGAUGCCGUGUGGUGUCUGCGUGGGCUUCCAGCAACCCUUCCUAAUGAUGAAUAUCCUGGCGUGCGCGAUCGCAUGGACGACUUUGUCGCAACCCACAUCAACUAUACCCUCAACAUCCACAGCGACGGACUUCUCCUCCCAUGGCACCGCCACUUCAUCUACCUCUACGAAAAAGCCCUCCAAGAUGAAUGCAACUACCAAGGCACACUCCCAUACUGGAACUGGACCCUCUACACGACCCCCACAACCCUAAACCCGGUCUUCGACGGCACAUCGACCUCCUUCUCGGGCAACGGCCUCCCCAUCGACAAAACCAACACGACCUCCCUCUGCCCACACAACAUCCCCUGCCCGGCCCCCGGCACCGGCGGCGGCUGUCUCUACAACGGGCCCUUCGUCAACUGGACAGCCCAUCUCGGCCCCUUCAGCAUCUCCCAAGUGCAACCCUACGGCGACCUACCCCCAAACACCUACGCCUACAACCCCCGCUGCCUCACCCGAGACUUCACCCCGGACUGGCUCCCCCCUCUCACCUCCGCCGCAAACAUCACCUCCAUGCUCACCGCCCCGGACAUCAAAUCCUUCCUCACCCUCAUGUCCCCCAGCACACUCGGGUACGUGGGGGCCCACGAAGCCGGGCACGCCGCCGUCGGCGCAAACAUGCUGGAUACAUUUGCAUCGGUACAAGAUCCAGUAUUCUUUCUACAUCACGGGAUGGUAGAUCGGGUGUGGACGCUCUGGCAGGAUGGGGAUCUGAAGAAUCGGUUGUGGGCGGUCAAUGGGACGGGGAUUGUGCAUGAUCCGCCGGAUGCGGAGUUGGUGACGCUGGAUACGGUGAUGGAGUUUGGGGUGUUGAGUGGGGGGAAGAGGGUGGGGGAGGUGAUGAGUGUGGUGGGGGGGGAGUAUUGUUAUCGGUAUGAUUAUUGA